UGACUGCCCCAGGAGUAACCAGCAUCUUUCACUCGGUGCCUAUCCGUGAGGCUUUUCAAUGUUGUUUAACAUGGUUUCUAACUAAGAUCGACAUAUUGGUCUGUGUUUGAUUAACUCAAAAUUGAAGGAGUGCCACUCCUUGUGGCACUGAUUCUUGCAGCCAGCAACAGGACUUGCCCGCGCAAGUUGCCGCGGAUCGACAGCCAUUUUAUGCAGUAAAGUGCGGAAGAAGCUAACUUUUGGGUUUUUGGAUGGAUUCCAGUUGGAUUCAACCCAAUUCACCGAUCAGAUUUCAGAUCGAAACAAUGGAGUUGGCUGAUUCAGAGAGAGCCACCAGCAAUUCCCCAGGUGCCAAGAGAAAGAUGACACCUGAACCAUCAGGGAGAAAGAGGUACAGAGGACGCUACAUCAACAACCCUUCUAUCACAACAGAAGAUCAGCAACUGUGGGAAAACUGUAAUAAAUGGGAAGGAGAAACAAAGAAAGUUGUUGAAGCAGUGCUAGAAAAAUUGGAGCAGGUCAGCCCCAAUGGCUCUGAUGAAGAGGAACUGCUCUUUGCCCUCAAAAAAAAGACCCAACAGUUAAAGGAGAAAUGUCUCCUGGAGAACAUUUACAUCGGGGUGUUUGGACAGACAGGGGCUGGGAAAAGUUCACUGGUAAACGCAGUUUUAGAGGAGGAGUCUUUGCUGCCCACAUCAUCGACAGGAGCCUGCACAUCAGCCAUAACAAAAGUGCAAUCUGGCAGAGGUCGCAAGUUUAAAGCAGAGAUUGAAUUCCUCAAAGAGAAGGAAUGGAACGAAGAACUAAAAGUUCUGGUUGAGCUGUGUGAGAAGGACGACGAUAGUGACGAUGAUGAUGAAGAUAAUAAGGAGGUCGAGAUGGCAAAGAAUAAACUAAAAACUAUUUAUGGAGAUUAUGGACCAGAGAAGAACUAUGAGGAUUUGAUAAAAAUGAACAUUUAUCAAGAUAUCCCCAAAAGUGGAAAAAAAAUUUUAUCUGAGGAAAAUGCAGAAGAGCUGUCCAAGAAGUUGGACCCUUAUAUUCGGAGCAAGGCCAAUCAAACAAACAAAAUUUACUGGCCAUUUGUGAAAUCAGUCUCAGUUUACAUCCCCAACUCUCAAAUACUACCAGAAGGAAUAGCUCUUAUCGACUUUCCGGGAUCAGGAGACAGCAACAAAGCAAGGGAUGAAAUGUGGAGAGAGAAUCUGAUAAACUGCUCAUCCGUCUGGAUUGUGUCGGCCAUUUCCAGGGCUCUUGAUGAAAAACUUGCAGAUGAAAUUUUUGGUACAUCAAUAAAGUCCGCCACAAAUGGGGGAAGAUGUCAUGACAUUGCUUUUAUCUGCACAAAGACAGAUGAUAUCCAAUGGAAAGAAUAUGCAAGGGAGCAUGCAUUCACUGAAGAAGAAAUGAACGUACCUAUGAAGGGCCACAUAAUAGAACCCAGUGAAAAAAAGAAACAAUUUUGCAUGCUGCAUCGAAAUGACACUGUAAAGGCGAAAAUGAUGAAACAGUGUGAAGUGAAGUGGAAGAGACUGAUGAAAAACAAGUCUGCCCAAUUGGAGUUUUCAAAAGAUGAUCUGUCUGUCUACACAGUGAGCUCCAGGAAAUAUUGGGAUUCAGUUGAUGGGGAAUCGAGCGGCGUUGUUUCAGAGACAGAAAUACCAAGUCUGAAAAAACAUAUCAUCAACAUGUAUUUGAAAGAAAGAAAGAAAGUGGUGAACGAUUAUGUGUCUGAGGUGUGGGGAAUGCUGCACCUUCUUGGAUCGCUCAACAGCAACCAGAAUAAACAGAAUAUUAUCCUCAGCAGCAGAUUUGACACCAUGUCUAAGGAUUUGAAGAAAGGAUUGGAAGCUUUUGCUGAACACCUGGAGUGUUGUGGGAGAGAUCUCCAGGGUCAUCUGAAAUCAGGAGUUGAGGAAGCAGAGAAAAGGUGCAUGAAAGUCAUUAAACAGCAUGCAGAGCUGGAGGUCGAAGUGGGCUACAUGGAGUUAAAGGACUAUGAGGCUGGAGGCUGUGAAGGGAAGAUCUCCAGAGAAGAUGAGCCAGGUGCAAAAUCUUACCAAGGUUACCACAAGACACUGAAGGCGAUAUGUAGAAACGAUGGGGUUUACAACUCAGCCAGGUUUGGUCCCAUCAACGUCAACUUUGAUCUGUCAAAGUCUCUCUACCGGGAAAUUGAUACUUUUUCUGAAAAUAACCUUCAGCUUAACAGAGGUAGAAGGGCUUCGAUGAAAGGACAAUUGAAUCGUAUUAACUUAACACUGACAAAUGUUAUAGAUCAGCCUCUUCCCACCAAAUCUACAGAUGAUGCAAGGGUUUGGGAAUGCCGACAGAAUUUCAUGAAAACUGAGCUCAAUGGAUUAUUAAACGAUCUUGAGAGGCAGAUAAUUGAAAGGAAGCAGCACAUUUAUAAAGCAGCUAUUUUGUCUGUUCAAAGUUCAAUGAAACCAGCAUACGAAGAAGCUUGCCAGAAGAAAGGUGUAGGAGUGGUGCCUUCCAUGCAGAGAAUAUUAACUGAGCGGUUAGAAAAGCAAAACGAUCUUUUCAAAGAUGCAGCAGCCUCUGUGAUGGAGAAAUUCAAUGAAAUGAAGGAUCAUUUGAAGGAGGAAAUGAAGAACAGAAUGACCAUCACCUUGAAGUUGGGUUUCUCCCAGUGGCCCGGAUGUAAUCCUUUACCAGAUUUUGAAAAUGACUUGAACCAGAUAAAUCCCAUCUGGAAUGAAGUGAAGAAGAAUUGAUCAGAAGUAAAUAGUUGGCUUGGAUCUGUUUUGUUUGUUGAGAUUAAUGUGUAUAACAACACCCUUCUAGUAAUUGUAUUAACUAAGGUAAAUGAUGAUGUAAGGCAUUAUCGUGUGGGAUAAAUUACUGUUCAAGGGGU